UUUUUAUUACUUUUUAAAAAUAUAUGUUGGCCUUCAUUCUAUCUUAACUCUUGGAAGAGCGAACGAGACCAGAGAUGGAUUUCUGGUGCAAAGUUUGCUGUUGCUGCUGCUAUAGAGAGGACGAGCUGGAGAAGAAUCCACUGGUCGUUGGCGACACCCUUCAGUACUUCAACAAGCUACAGAAGCGCCGACGCUCAGAGGCCAUCAACUUGUGGAGUGAGCCUGCCGACAGCACCCACAUGGAACGGGACGAUGACCACGAGCUCUAUAUGCUGCUGCAGAAGAGGUCCAAAAUGCGCCGGGGGUCAGAGGGCUACCGACGUGUGAGUGUUGACAUUAGCGCCCAUCGGCAGAUCCGUCGGAAGGUGAAGGACCGCUGGAAGCAAGUUCUGGAAGCUUUAGGAUUCAAAGCUGAAGCAGACGGGCUUUUGGCGAUCACCUCCAGCACCUCAUACGAAUCCCUUCGUAACCCCCAAGAAGCUCGCCGGCUCCUCAAUGCCUUGGCUGAGCAGACGACCAUUUUCGAUCGUCACCGAGGAGGCCCACCAGAGAGAUACCUCUUUGUCCUGGACCGGCUGCUUCUCCUAGAUGUGGGAGAAGAUUUCCUGUCAGCGGCUCGCCACUUCUACCCGGUGGAAGAGGAACACGAGGGCGGAUCUUCCAGCAGCGAAGGGCCUUCUAGCCCAGAUCCUAUCUUGGUCAAACUGAAUAGUGAUGCUCAAGAGGAGGAAGAGGAGGAGGAGGAAGAUGAGGAGGAGGUCAACGAAACAGAUUAGGAAGGCGUCGGAGGAGGAGGCUGGAGAAAAAGUUGUACAAACUUUAAUGUCUGAAUGGAAGAGCUCAGGAAGGUGAUGUCUUGGGAGCUCCCACAGACUCGUGGUUGCAGGUGCCCUAA